AUGCAAUACCUCGUAAUUGUUGACCGUUACUCUAACUGGCCAAUCAUCGAGCGAGCACAAGAUGGGGCGAAAGGUCUAAUCAAUUGCUUGAGACGCCUGUUUGCCACCUUCGGAAUCCCUGAUGAGUGCGCUACAGAUGGUGGCCCAGAAUUCAAAGAUUGGGGAGUUAACCACCGUCUUUCCUCUGUGGCAUUUCCGCAUUCCAACUGCAGGGCUGAGAUUGGCGUUAAAACCGUUAAACGCAUCAUAACCAACACCACAGACACACGAGGAAGUCUUAACACCGACUCCUUGCAACGCGCAAUCCUACAAUAUCGCAACACACCAGACCCAAACACCAACCUAUUCCCCGCACAAUGUGUCUUCGGCAGGCCCAUCAAGGACUUCAUCUCCAUAUUACCAGGCCGAUACAUUCCCCACCCCACAUGGAGAGACACCCUAUCUGCCAGAGAGCAAGCUCUAAGAAACCGCCACAUGCAAGCGUCAGAACGCUGGUCCGAACACACCAAACGACUACCACCCCUGAAAGUUGGCGACCAUGUUCGCUUCCAAAAUCAAACUGGCCCCAACCCCACCAAAUGGGACAAAACCGGCGUUAUCGUGGAAGUACGCCAGUUUGACCAAUACGUCGUCGGAGUUGAUGGUUCUGGUAGAGUCACCAUGCGCAAACGCAAGUUCUUACGACAACAUGUCCCUGUUGGUAUCUUACAACCUCAUCACACGAUCAUGGAUGAUCUACGCCACGUCACUACACCUUCAGCUGACAUACCAACCCUCCCUGACCCACAACCAAUGCUGCCUGAACAACCUCAACCUAACCACAAUGGGGAAAAACCGAGAAACCCACCCAAUCCCAUUCCACCACCAAGCAUCCCAACCGAUGAAACCCACUACCGAUAA